GGGCGUCGGCAGCGUCGGCAGAGGCCGAGCGGCUGAGGUGGCCGCUGGCGCUCUGGUGGCGGGCGCGGCCGGGAUGGCGAAGAGCAGCCGAGAGAAUGGGCCGCGCGCGCCCACAGCGGGCGGGAGCCUGUCCGGGACCCGGGAGAGCCUGGCCCAGGGCCCCGAUGCCGCCACCGCCGACGAGCUCAGCUCGGUCGGCUCCGACUCGGAGGCCAACGGCUUCGCCGAGCGUCGCAUCGACAAGUUCGGCUUCAUCGUGGGUUCGCAGGGCGCCGAGGGCGCGCUGGAGGAAGUUCCCCUGGAGGUGCUGAGGCAGAGGGAGUCCAAGUGGCUGGACAUGCUCAACAACUGGGACAAAUGGAUGGCCAAGAAGCACAAAAAGAUUCGUCUUCGGUGCCAGAAGGGCAUCCCACCUUCUCUGCGGGGACGGGCUUGGCAGUACCUGUCAGGAGGCAAGGUGAAACUUCAGCAGAACCCUGGAAAAUUCGAUGAGCUGGACAUGUCUCCUGGGGACCCCAAGUGGCUAGAUGUGAUUGAACGUGACCUGCACCGGCAGUUCCCUUUCCAUGAGAUGUUUGUGUCCCGAGGAGGCCAUGGCCAGCAGGACCUGUUCCGUGUGCUGAAGGCCUACACGCUGUACCGUCCUGAGGAGGGCUACUGCCAGGCCCAGGCACCCAUUGCUGCUGUGCUGCUCAUGCACAUGCCUGCUGAGCAAGCCUUCUGGUGUCUGGUACAAGUCUGUGAGAAGUACCUGCCUGGCUACUACAGUGAGAAACUGUACUCUAUAGGCUCCAGCUACCUGAUGCUGACCCAGUAUGGGCUGUGGUCAUGCUGUGUGGCCUUGCUGUUUCUCCAGGAAGCAAUCCAGCUGGAUGGUGAGAUCCUCUUCUCACUGCUACAAAAGGUGUCCCCCGUGGCUCACAAGCACCUUAGCAGGCAGAAGAUUGACCCCCUGCUGUACAUGACAGAGUGGUUCAUGUGUGCCUUUGCCCGCACCCUGCCCUGGAGCUCCGUGCUGCGAGUCUGGGACAUGUUCUUUUGUGAAGGCGUCAAGAUUAUCUUCCGUGUGGGGCUGGUACUGCUGAAGCAUGCACUAGGCUCUCCUGAGAAGCUCAAAGCCUGCCAGGGCCAGUAUGAAACCAUCGAGCAGCUGCGGAGCCUCAGCCCCAAGAUCAUGCAGGAAGCCUUCUUGGUCCAGGAGGUAAUAGAGUUGCCGGUGACAGAGCGCCAGAUUGAGCGAGAACAUCUCAUCCAGCUGCGGCGCUGGCAAGAGACCCGUGGUGAGCUGGAGUGUCGCUCUCCACCCAGGAUGCAUGGUGCCAAAGCCAUCCUGGAUGCAGAGCCUGGUCCCCGACCUGCCCUGCAACCUUCUCCAUCCAUCCGCCUACCCCCAGACGCAACCCUCCUCACUUCCAAAGCAAAGCCGCCCAAGCAGGUCCAGAAGGAGCAGAGGAGGACAAAGGCCAGUGGACAGCUGGACAAGUCCCCAGGCCCCAAUCAAGCCACAGUGGUGACUGCUUCAGGAGAUGCAUGUCCUCCUCAGGAUGUACCUCCAAAGGACCCAGUCCCCCAGGACUCUGCUCCCCAGGACUUAGCCUUCCACCAUUCCCAGGAGAGCCUGACCUCCCAGGAGAGUGAGGACACCUACUUGUAACCCGGGGAGUUCAGGCCUCCAGGUGGGGUCUCCACACAUCUUACACGGUUCAGAGACUGACAACACUCCAGGUCCUGUGUACCUGAAGGCCCAACUGCUUGACCAUUGGGCUGGGAUAGAAUCUGGCUGGCCCAGUACAGAUUCUGCCCAAGCCUCCUUAUUUAUUUUCUCUUGAGUCAAGCUGGCCCAGCCAGCACAGGCAGAAGCUAUGGCCAAAUAGGUUGGGUCUCACCCAGCCCUGUCCUUCUGGGGGAUAUUCUUCAGGACUAGGGUGCUGACGUGAGGGGAAGCAGGGGGUACUCUUGUGUAAAAUAGAAAUACGGUUUUGUACAAAAAUAAACAGGCUUGUAUAGAGA